GGGGGGGGGCGAGGGAGGGACGGAGGGAGGGAAGGAGGGCGCUGGGAGGAGGCACCGAGCGCCGGGGGGGGCGCACGAGGAGCGGGAGCGGCCGGGGGCGGCGUGGGGAGCCCUUGGGUGCCGGCGGGGCACAGCGCGGCAUCUCCCUGCCCCUCAGCCGCGCCAUGGAGGUCAGCCACUCGGUCAAGGAGCGCACCAUCGCCGAGAACAGCCUGGUCAUCCUGCUGCAGGGCCUGCACGGCCACGUCACCACCGUGGACCUCCGCGACGAGAGCACGGCCACGGGGCGCGUCACCAACGUGGACGCCUUCAUGAACAUGCGCCUGGCCGAGGUCACCUUCACCGACCGGCGGGGGGCCGAGUCCCACCUGGACGAGCUGUUUGUGACCGGCAGGAACGUGCGCUACGUCCACAUCCCCGACCAGGUGGACAUAAGGGCCACCAUCGAGCGGCAGCUGGAGCUCAUCCACCGCGUCCGCUACUUCGGCGGCCGCGACAAGGGCCGCAGGGAGUUCCCCCGCGCCAAGCACAAGUGAGCGCCCUGCUGCCCGACACGGACCUGGGGAACUGGAGGGACAGGGGGACCGCGUCCACACCUUGGCCAGGGACCGUGGGGCGUGAGGGUAUUGAAUGACGAGCCAUUAAUUGGGGUGUGGGGCUGUGUAAUGAAUGUCGGUGAUUGAUGCACUGCUCCUGGGUGUUGAUGGUCCCCAGCCCCCAAACAAAGCCCUUUUGGCCACCA